GGGGAGGCCAGCGUGAUUCCAGGAAGGUCAGAGACCCUGUUACACAAAUAGCGCUGACCUCUGCCCUGUAACACAGUCCACAGGGGAGUGAGCUGGAGGACCCAUUUCUGGUUCCUGAGGAGCUUGGACCUCGGAACAAGCAGGCGCCCAGAGCAAAGCUGGGAAAGUGCUCCUGCCCACCACCCCCACUUCUCUCCUGCCUCCCACCGACAUGGGCUGCAGCCUCAGACCCCGAUUCUGCCUGGUACCCUUGGUCUUGGGCCUCUUGUCUGGAGGUGUGCCCACAACUCCACUGCCCACAGCCCGACCCCAGAGCUCCUGCUCUUUGGACGGGGUGGAGAUCAAAGGUGGAGCCUUCCGACUUCUCCAAGGGGGCCAGGCCCUGGAGUACCAGUGUCCCUCUGGCUUCUAUCCGUACCCCGUGCAGACCCGCACCUGCAGACCCACAGGGUCCUGGAGUGCCCUGCAGACCCAAGACCAAAAGAUUGUCAAGAAUGCGGAGUGCAGAGCUAUUCGCUGCCUGCGACCUCAGGACUUUGAGAAUGGGGAGUACUGGCCCCGAGCCCCCUACUACAACUUGAGCGACCAGAUUUCUUUUUACUGUUACCACGGUUACACUCUCCGGGGCUCUGCCAAUCGCACUUGCCAAGCAAAUGGCCGGUGGGAUGGGGAAACGGCGAUCUGUGACAAUGGAGCAUCGUACUGCCCCAACCCUGGCAUCCCUAUUGGCACAAGGAAGGUGGGCAGCCAGUACCGCCUUGAAGACAGAGUCACCUACCACUGCAGCCGGGGCCUCACCCUGCGUGGCUCCCAGCAGCGAAGAUGCCAGGAAGGAGGAUCGUGGAGUGGGACAGAACCUUCCUGCCAAGAUUCUUUCAUGUACGACACCCCUGAAGAGGUGGCGGAAGCCUUCCUGUCCUCCCUGACAGAGACCAUAGAAGGGGUUGAUGCUGAAGAUGGGCACAGCCCAGGAGAACAGCAGAAGCGCAAGAUUGUCCUGGACCCCUCGGGGUCCAUGAACAUUUACCUGGUGCUGGAUGGAUCAGACAGCAUUGGAGCCAGCAACUUCACGGGGGCCAAGCGAUGCCUCACUAACUUAAUUGAGAAGGUGGCGAGUUAUGGGGUGAGGCCAAGAUAUGCUGUAGUGACAUAUGCCACCAACACCAAGAUCAUCGUUAAAGUGUCUGAUGAAAAGAGCAGUGAUGCCGACUGGGUCACAGAGCAGCUGAACCAGAUCAGUUACGAAGACCACAAGCUGAAGACGGGGACUAACACCAGGAAGGCCCUGCAGGCCGUGUACAGCAUGAUGAGCUGGGCCGGGGACGAGCCCCCCGAAGGCUGGAACCGCACCCGCCAUGUCAUCGUCCUCAUGACGGACGGUUUGCACAACAUGGGUGGGAACCCCGUCACUGUCAUUCACGACAUUCGGAGUCUACUGGACAUCGGCAGGGACCGAAAGAACUCGAGGGAGGAUUAUCUAGACGUGUACGUGUUCGGGGUCGGGCCUCUGGUGAACCAAGAGAACAUCAAUGCCUUGGCUUCCAAGAAGGAUAGGGAGCAGCAUGUGUUCAAAGUCAAGGACAUGGAAAACCUGGAAGACGUCUUCUUUCAAAUGAUUGAUGAAACCAAGUCUUUGGGUCUCUGUGGCAUGGUUUGGGAGCACACGAAAGGCACUUCUUACCACAAGCAACCGUGGCAGGCCAAGAUCUCAGUCAUUCGCCCUACGAAGGGACACGAGAACUGCAUGGGGGCUGUGGUGUCUGAGUACUUCGUGCUGACGGCGGCACACUGCUUCACAGUGGACGACCAGAAACACUCCAUCAAGGUCAGCGUGGGAGGGAAGAUCCGGGGCCUGGAGAUAGAAGAGGUCCUAUUUCACCCCAACUAUAACAUCAAUGGGAAGAAGGCGGAAGGGAUUUCUGAGUUUUAUGACUACGAUGUUGCCCUGAUCAAACUCAAGACGAAGCUGAAGUAUGACCAGACUCUCAGACCCAUCUGUCUCCCCUGCACGGAGGGAACCACCCGGGCUCUGCGGCUUCCUCAGACGGCCACCUGCCAGCAGCACAAGGAAGAGCUGCUCCCUGGCAAGGACGUCAAAGCCCUGUUCGUGUCUGAGCAGCAGCAGCAGCUGAUCCGGAAGGAGGUCUACAUCAAAAAUGGAGACAAGAAGGCCAGCUGCGAGAGAGAUGCUCUGUACGCCCCAGGAUAUGACAAAGUCAAGGACGUCUCGGAGGUGGUCACCCCCAGGUUCCUCUGCACGGGAGGGGUGGAUCCCUACUCUGACCCCAAUACUUGCAAAGGUGACUCUGGAGGUCCUCUCAUUGUCCACAAGAGGAGUCGCUUCAUUCAAGUUGGUGUGAUCAGCUGGGGAGUGGUGGAUGUCUGCAAAGGCCAGAGGCAGCGGCAGCGGCAGCAGGUGCCUGCUUACGCCCGGGACUUCCAUGUCAAUCUCUUCCAGGUGCUUCCCUGGCUCAAGGACAAACUCAGAGAUGAGGAUCUGGGCUUCCUGUGAGGGGAUUCUGUUGUAAGGGGGCAUGGGAUCUGAUUAAAGCAGCUGCAAUAA